AGAAAGCUUAUCGCUGUUUUUGUUCUCAGGAAUUGCUAAAUUCUAAAAGAGCUCAAGUAACUGGAGGUGUUCGAAUUUACGAUAGAACCUGCCUGAGACUUACAGAAGAUGAAAUUGAGACAAACUUAAAAAAGGGAACUCCCUUCGUUGUGAGGCUUAAAAUGCCGCAAGGAAUGACUGUCGUGCAGGAUAUCGUGCACGGCGAAAUUUCUUUUGAUAACAGCACGCUGGAGGACUUUAUUAUACUAAAAGCUACUGGCAUGGCCACUUACCAUCUCGCUAGUGUAGUAGAUGAUCACGAGAUGAAAAUCACGCACGUCUUAAGGGGAAAGGAAUGGCUCUCUUCGCUUCCUAAGCAUUGCGUUCUUUAUAGAAGCUUCGGAUGGGUUCCGCCGUUGUUUGCCCAUCUCCCUUUGAUCUUGAACGAGGACAAAUCAAAACUAAGCAAGCGUUGUGAGGCACUGAGCAUCCACUCGCUAUUGGAAAAGGGAUACUUGCCGAGCGCUAUAGUGGAGUACGUGUCCACGCUGGGCUACUCCGCUGAUCUCCCCGCUAAGGAUGCGGGAAGGUUAACGAUUCAGCGAGAUUUGAUCAAAAAUUUUCAUCUUUCGAAAAUAAAAAGCACCGAUUCCUGUUUUGAUAUGGAGAAGUUAAACAGCAUUAACAAAGAACACUUACUUGAAUUGUUUGCUAAUAGAAAUUUAUAUCCAAACGAUUUCAAAACGCUUGUGGAAAUUUUAAAAAAGAAUAUUAUGAAGGAGUUUUCUUAUUUACCGUAUCUAUAA